AUGCCCACCAAAAGGUUCCGCAGUGAUCUACAAGAGGCUGCCGUCUUAGAUCAACACCCACACCUGAGUCAAAUCAAACCAGGGGACUAUGAGGGAUCCAUCUCUUUCAACUUCCAUCAGCCAGAAUCAGAGACUGAAAUUGAGUUUCAAGUCGUGGUCUCUGAUGCCUCUGAUUAUCCCACUGACCAUAGCUUCGUGGUAUUCGCCGUGUCUGAUCAUGUCAGUCCUUCAGUAACAAAAGCACUGGAGAGAGCUCAGGACACGGGUAUGCUCGCUGGAAUUUCUAUCAAUGAGGUCUUGAUUGCCGUGGAUCACAUGGUGUGCAAUGCCAUCCACGGUCCUCAAUCUCUGGCACAUGAGACUUCCUGGGGAGACGAAAACAUAGAUGAUACUGAUGGAAGUUUGGACGGUUAUGAGAAUUUUUCCGAAGCAGAUUCCGAUGAUGAGGAUGUUCAUGCACCCUGGAACCAGUCUAAAAGAAUCCGUCAACAGGUUCGAAAUGAUCUUCGUGCUAUCAAGGCAGCGGGGUUCAAGUUUGGAUGCCUUGGAAAAGCAGAGGGGUCAUUUAUCCUCGCCGUUUCUAGUCGAAUUUCGAAGCUAGGCAUACCAGAGGAGGCCAUACAAGCAUGGAAUCUGCAGUCUUCAGACUACCUAGUACUAUUGAUUCGAUACUCAACUACGUACCAGAAUCUGCUAGACAUUCUCGACAGAACUAAACGCGCGACCAACCUUGUGGAAAUGCGUGUCUGCCUUUGCGACUCCUACAAGCCACCCCUGCAGGCAGCCAUAGCUGCAUUUAAAACGCCCCUGCCUCCAUUGAGAGUGAAUGAUAAUUUUGUGAGAGUACUGGACACAGAGUUGAUCAGACUCAGAGAGCUUUCUAUCGGGUUGCAACUCAAUAAACUUCUUAACGAGCGAUUUUUCGGAAUCAUGACACUCCGGAAAGAGUUUGGGUUCUCGUGGACAGGUGCUGAACUUUUCUUUCAUUCCAGCCAAGUUCGUGCUAUGACUGCUGAAGAAGCAAGUGACUCAAAGUUUUGUGCACCAGAAAACUGGGUCUCAACACCGCCAAAUGUUCUUGUGCUUGACCAUUUCGUUGAAAUGAAGUCAGACCUUGCCAAGGCUUCGUUUCCGCUUGUUGCCUGGCAAUUCCUCUUACGCCACUUCGUCAAGUGCACAGAAUUUUGUCUUGUAUGCCAUUGCAAAACUUUCGACAAACAUGAGGCUUUGAAACCUUACGUCUGUUCCAGCAAACUGUGCCUGUAUCAAUAUGUCACUUUUGGAAUGGGCAUCUGCCUGGAACAUGAGAUCAGAUCGCAGCCGUUUGUUGUUGACCUGCUGGUUUCAUUGGCAUACGCUAGGGCAAAGGCAGGGCGCCUCGAAGACUUUCCAAAUGGAUUGGGAAUCCGGGUCCCUGGUGUGGACUUUCCUUGCAGUAAGACGAAUUCCAACCAGGGAAUUGGGAUAGGUCGGCCAUGGAAGCCAUUAAACCCCCACAGUGGAGUUUUAAACCGAGAUAACAUGAAUCUCUUCUGUGAACCGUUACCUGGAGUCUCAACCGGCGAUUGGCUCGUGAUCAUUGUCCCUGGGUACGCACCAGAGCAUUACCAAGUUCGUCGUAUUGAUGAAACAGAAAAAUAUCUUGCACUUUCACAUCGCCUCGUCUCCGGAGAGAGCUACUCCUGGUCUAGUACUACAUCUAAUAUGACAGAUGUGAAUUUUGUGCUCUACGACCAGGAUUUUGAUGAGCUAACAGCUCCACGAAAACAAAUAAUCAUGCAAAUGAUCCUUGACACCCUUCCCCCGGUUCAAUUAAUGAAGGAGUUCUUGGGAUCGACUGGGUCUCAAACAGUUCUCUCAACCUGGCGAAAUAGAAUCACACCAGCUGCGCUUGACAUUUUACGAUGGAUUGUUGCCUCGAAUAGAUCGUGUAUUUUGCAAGACAACGAGGACCCGCGCUUCCUGGUGACCCAAAUGCAGGGCUAUGUUCAAUUUCGAUUUGUGCAGGGGGCGCCAGACAAGGAGCAGCACUUUGCCGAAGCUGUCAAGUCUGUGUCAAUGCCAGUGAAUCCAAGUCAUCCCACAUUGUUUGCAUGGCACGGUAGUCCUGCGUUCAACUGGCACAGUAUCCUAAGAGAGGGUCUUCAUUUCAAGGAAAUUUCCAAUGGCAGAGCUUGCGGGGAUGGCGUCUACAUGUCAAAUUGUUUCAAUACUUCAGUGGGUUACAGCGGAGGAAAAUUUCCUGAAGCUCGGAUUGCUGGCUGGGUUUGGCCAAACAGUGAGCUAGACCUACGAUUUGUGGUAUCCUUGAACGAGAUUGUGAACAAACCGGACGAAUUUGUCAGUAGCAACCCUCAUUUUGUUGUCCAACAGUUGGAGUGGAUUCAACCCCGAUAUCUCUUUGUGGGCACUCCAAAAACAAUUUGCUUCCAGCCAUCUGGCUUAGGCGAUCCCGGAAACUUGCCUGUUUAUGACCAAGAUCCCAAAUAUCUGGCCUAUGGCCCUACGGGACAACCUGUCAAAAUACCCCUUUCAGCGGUCAGUAUGCAGCAACGACGGAUGAUUGGAAUGAUUCCUCCAGAAUAUUCACCAAAAAGACAAAGAUUAAAUCAGGAGAACCGGAGUCAGAUAUUUCAGCUGGCAGAUUCUACAGCCUUGCCCCAACAAGAUGAAAGCUGUGCGAGCGUUUCAACAGAGAUAGAAGAUCUCAAUCUACUUCUGUCUGAUUCAGAAGAAGAGAUUUCAGCAGACUGUCCUAGUCUGAGCCUAAUUCGGAAGAAAUCUGGACUUUUCACACGACCUUUGCCUGCUAAUAGCACUAAACCCACUGCAUCUCCCAAGUCUGGAGCCGCUUUUGUUCCGGGUACCCUAACAGAAAGCUCGUUGCCGCUGCUUCCCCCACCCGAUUACGCAACAACGUCUGCAACCAAGCUUCUUCAACAGCAUCUGCAAAUAACUCUCAGGUUACAGCAAAAAGAACCACUUGCAGAACUAGGUUGGUAUGUGGAUCCGAACAUGAUUACGACUGUCUAUCAGUGGAUCGUGGAAUUUCACUCUUUUGACUUCGACUUGCCGCUGGCAAAGGAUCUGAAAGCAGCCAAUCUCAAUAGCGUUGUUAUGGAAAUUCGUUUCCCACCCCAAUUCCCUAUGGACCCGCCUUUUGUGCGAGUCAUUCGCCCACGAUUCAUGGAGUUCACAGCCGGUGGAGGUGGGCACAUCACCGCUGGAGGCGCCAUGUGCAUGGAAUUAUUGACAAGUUCGGGAUGGUCUCCCGUGGCAUCCAUUGAGAGCGUUCUACUGCAGGUACGCAUGGCGAUCAGCUCGACAGAACCACGCCCAGCGCGCCUUGCCAAACUUCCGCAGAGUGACUAUUCCGUUGGGGAGGCAGUUAGAGCCUUUCAGAGAGCUUGUCUUAACCACGGAUGGAAAAUUCCAAAUGGCAUGGAGCUCAUUUCGUGGUGA